GCUUCACUCAGGACAGCAUUGUGGAGCGAUUGCAGGAUUAAGUUUACCUCAAAAUGGGAGAAUUCAAUGUGGAGAAUUUCAACAUUGAAUAUUUCUUCAGUGGCGAAAUUGAUAAUUACAAUUAUAGCUCUGACCUGCCCCCCAUUCUACCAGAUGCUGCCCCAUGCCACCCAGAGACCUUAGAAAUCAACAGAUAUGCCGUGGUUAUAAUAUAUGUCCUGGUAACCCUGCUGAGCCUUGUGGGAAACUCCCUGGUGAUGCUGGUCAUCUUAUACAACCGGAGUUCCUGCUCCGUCACCGACGUCUACCUGCUGAACCUUGCCAUUGCCGACCUGCUCUUUGCUCUGACCUUGCCUGUCUGGGCUGCGUCCAAGGUAAAGGGCUGGACUUUCGGCAAAGCCAUGUGCAAGAUAUUCUCAUUCGUGAAGGAAGUCACCUUCUACAGUAGUGUCCUGUUACUAGCCUGUAUCAGCAUGGACCGCUACCUGGCCAUCGUUCAUGCCACAAGCACACUAAUCCAGAAGAGACACUUGGUCAAGUUUGUAUGCAUCACCAUGUGGAUACUGUCCAUAUUUGUGUCCCUGCCCAUCUUAAUUCUGCGUAAUACCGUUAGGGCAAACUCUUUAACCCUAGUCUGCUAUGAAGAUGCAGGUAACAACACAACCAAGUGGAGGAUAGUCUUGCGCUUUCUGCCUCAGACCUUCGGCUUCCUCCUGCCGCUGCUGAUCAUGCUGUUCUGCUACGGGUUCACACUGCGCACGCUCUUUAAGGCCCACAUGGGGCAGAAGCACCGGGCCAUGCGGGUCAUUUUUGCCGUUGUGCUUGUCUUUCUGCUCUGCUGGCUGCCCCACAACCUGGUCCUGUUCGCAGACACCCUCAUGAGGACCAAACUGAUCCAGGAGACUUGUGAGCGCCGCAAUGACAUUGACAGGGCCUUGAAUGCUACUGAAAUUCUUGGCUUCCUGCACAGCUGCCUUAACCCCAUCAUCUAUGCGUUCAUUGGCCAGAAGUUCCGCUAUGGGCUCCUCAAGAUCAUGGCUACUCACGGCCUUAUCAGCAAGGAGUUCUUAGCCAAGGAGGGCAGGCCUUCAUUUGUUGGCUCUUCUUCAGGGAACACCUCCACUACCCUCUAA